UUUUUCUUUCUUUUUUUUAAAAAAGACAUUUAAUAAUGAACAACUCUUCCCUCAUUUGAAAGUUGGAAUCUUUUCUGAAAAAGUUUGGUAAGGCCAGGCAUUUGAACACUGUCACAUGCGGUGAACCAGGCACAUGGAGGACAGCUGACUCCACAGAACCAGGGAGUUGGGUUUGACAAUGGAUGGAAUAUGGUUGCUGCUGCUCCUAACAAUUAGAGUGCUGCCAGGGUCUGCUCAGUUCAAUGGUUACAACUGUGAUGCCAACCUCCACAGUAGAUUCCCUGCUGAGAGAGAUAUCAAUGUCUACUGUGGGGUGCAGACCAUUACGAUGAAGAUUAAUUUUUGCACAGUACUUUUCUCCGGUUAUUCUGAAACAGAUCUGGCGCUGAACGGAAGGCAUGGGGAUUCCCACUGCAGGGGAUUCAUCAAUAACAACACUUUUCCAGCAGUGGUCAUUUUCAUCAUCAAUCUGAGCACCUUGGAGGGCUGUGGAAACAACUUAGUGGUAUCCACAAUUCCUGGAGUAAGUUCUCAUGGAAAUACAACUUCAGUACAAAUAGGAAAUGUUUCAGGAUACAUUGAUACUCCAGACCCACCAACAAUUAUCAGUUAUCUACCUGGGCUUCUUUACAAAUUUAGCUGUAGUUAUCCAUUGGAAUACCUGGUUAAUAACACCCAGCUUGCUUCGUCCUCAGCUGCUAUUUCUGUGAGAGAGAACAAUGGAACAUUUGUCAGCACUCUGAACCUGCUCCUGUACAAUGAUUCAACCUACAGUCAACAGUUAAUUAUCCCAAGUAUAGGAUUACCUUUGAAAACCAAAGUAUUUGCAGCUGUACAAGCUACUAAUCUGGAUGGCAGAUGGAAUGUAUUAAUGGAUUAUUGCUAUACAACCCCAUCAGGGAACCCAAAUGAUGAUAUUCGAUACGAUCUCUUCCUUAGCUGUGACAAAGAUCCUCAGACCACUGUCAUUGAAAAUGGCAGAAGUCAGCGGGGCCGGUUUUCAUUUGAGGUGUUCCGAUUUGUGAAGCACAAAAAUCAGAAGAUGUCCACCGUUUUCCUGCACUGUGUUACCAAGCUCUGCAGAGCUGAUGACUGCCCCUUCCUUAUGCCAAUUUGUGGCCACAGAGAAAGGAGAGAUGUGGAGAAGAGGACCACUUGGAGCCCCCAGAGCACUUCUGGAAACGCAGUCCUCUCUGCUGGUCCCAUCAUUACUCGGAGUGAUGAGAUGCCAACCAACAAUUCACAACUUGGUUCUCUGAGUGUACCUCCCUUCCAGUUGAACACCAUCACCAGUGCACUGAUAUCGGGAAUGGUUAUUCUUGGAGUCAUGAGCUUUUCCCUUCUCCUGUGCUCAUUGGCCCUUCUACACAGGAAGGGCCCCACCAGUUUGGUGUUGAAUGGCAUAAGAAACCCAGUCUUUGAGUGAUUAUGCCAUGUUCUGCUCUUGAGGGAAGGCUUAACUCACUAUGUGUGAUUGAAGUCAAUGUUCUGCCUGAAUUGAAUGCCAGCCAUCACUUGAUAUUUUAAGUUUGAUAGAUUUCACAGUAUAUCUCAUCAGAAUGAUGAUAGUGAAAUAAUUUUUCUAAUAUUGGUAUUGUCACUUAUAUAUGUGGCCAACCCUAUUUUUAUGACAUUAAUGGGCAUACUGACAAUAAGUAAAAAAUAUUCAGGACUUAGAUCUUACAGGAUCAGUCAUAUUUUAUUUUAUUUCAAUUUUUUUAGAUUAUUGGUUUAAGAGACAAAAAGUUGGCUUAGAAAAAAUAUGGAAUUUGUUUCAUUUUUUCUUUAAGCCUUAAAGAUCAAUGUAAUGGCUUUAGGUUUGUAUAUGUGGUCCUAUUAUGAAAGUUGAAUUUUCUUUUAUUACAUAUAUUCCACCUAGGGUGAUAUACUGAUUAGACCAUCCAAUUUGACAUAUAUGAACACUAGGUAUUUGUUCUAUGACUUACUGUGUUUUGGGCUGAUCUUCAUUCUUGACAAUACACCCUAAAAAACAAAUAGAAAACCAGACUUCUGGGAAAUGUUUAUCAACCAGGGACACCCAUUGCACAAUGAGUAAAUAGGAAAUACAGUUGCUACUUUCCAAAGGACACUAAGUGUCCCUAGAUCAUAUUAAUCUGGAAUGACUGUGACUGGUUUUCUCCUUUUGAUUCACGUGAGAACAUCAGCAUAUGUUAAUGCCCCUUGGAGGGAAACUCGUUCAGCUGCUGCUGUAGCUGUGUUUCCGGCAAUGAGGCAAUUAUGUCCUCCUCCUCCUCUUUUUCCUUCUCUUCCUCUUCCUUCUCUGAGGUUCUGGGGAUUGAACCCAGGACAUCACUCAUGCUAGGCAAGCACUCUACCCCUGAGUUACACUCCAAUUCUGCAAAAAUUACUCCUAUUCCUAGUCAUUGCAUGAGAAAACAAACCAUAUUCAUGGGAAGAGGACAUUAUUCUCACUCCUUAAACUUGGGGUUCAUAUAAGGGGUUUUUAACAACUCGGGUUCCUCUUUUCUCCUAGAAUAAAGAAGAGGCUUAGAUUAAAUGUAAUUUGCAGAAGUUUACUGGCAUCUACUUGAAUAAAGUGCUCUUUUUUGCCCCAAUUUUUUUUUUUUUUGGUACCGAGGAUUGAACUUGGGUUCUUAUGCUUGCAAGGCAGGUGGUGCAGGAGGCGGAACCACUGAGCUAAAUCCCCAGCCCUUUGCCCCAGUUUUUGAUGUCAGAAAAAUAGUCUUGAGAAAUUUUCCUUCUAAGGUAUUUUCUGAUAUGUGCCAUAAUUGCCACAUGAUAAACAGAAUUAUCUUGUAAUGGUAAAUUCUAAGAGCAUUUGAUUCUUUAUAAGUUUUGCAAAAUUUUUUUAAAGUCAAGUUUUAAGCAUCCCAUGUUUUUAUGAAAAUAAUCAACCUCAUUGUUAAGACUAUUCACAGAACUGAACAAAUAAAAACAAUUCAAUGACAAGCACCAGAACUUAGCAUAUGUGGCUACCAGAAGUGCUGUGUUAACUGUAAAAUAUUACUGUAAUAAGUAAUUUUAUUCAACACUCAUGCCUCAGUAUUCAGGACUUACUUACUAUACUACAUGCAAAUCAUUGUACAGUUUUAGAUUUGUUUCAAAUGGAGUAUCUACACUGUAAGUUAAUAAAUCAAUCAUCAAGUAAAAAACCACUUUUUUCCCAAUUUCCCUGAAUAUUUCAGAAGCAAGUGUUUGUGUUAUGAUGAUUAGCUAUACAAUUGCCUCAUCUCUUCUAUUUUAAGCUAUAUGCACAAAGUGAAGAAAGAUGUGGAAAGUCUUUAGGUAAUUUCUUCAACAUCGAAAAUAUUAAAAUCACUCAAAAACCAAUCUCUUCUUCCCUGUGUUACUUCAAAAUAACUUUGAAGUGAAAAUUCUGAUCUUUAUCAGUGUUAAACCGAUGAACAGAGUGUGCUACCAAUGUGACCCUGUGUGUACACGGGUAGUAUUGAAAUAUUUUGGUAAAUCUAUUUCAGGUACCUUAAAUGAAUUGCCAUUGAUUUGAGGAUUAAGAUUAUUGAAGUUGGUUUGUCAGUUUGAUUUUUAUGCUUUUGGGAUGGCCACUGUUUCAGCUAUUGAAUUUUCAAAUUCUAUUUUCCAUUUUGUAGAACUGAAUAAUGGGCAUAUAUCAUUCUGGAAGCAACUUAAGUCUCCUAUUAUUUUUUUGCCACCCUUUCUUCAUUGUUUUGGAGUUACAGUGAAAUAAUCCAGAUUUGUUUCAUACAGCUUUGUUCUUACAAACCUGCUGUUAUCUGUAGUAUUUAGUUACACUGAGUUUUCUGGUUAUUGUAGUGUGAAAACCUUACAAAACAUGUGCAAAUGUCUCUUCAGUUUUAAUACCUCAAACUGUGUUUUGCACUUCAGGGGUAAGGUCUGAUGAUAUGUAAAAG